AUGCUUCCAACAGGAAGAGAUACCACUAUUGCAAACAACAUCGAGGAAGGAAACAGCCGACGCUUUCCUCAUUGGGUGCGGUCGCCCGACCCGCUCACUCUAGUUGUAUACUCAGAUACCUCUCUGUCCUCUCAGGGUGUCGACAACUAUGGUUUCACUAUUCACCAGGGCAGCUUCCUCGUCCUCGGUGGAUCAGAUCGCCGUGUACCUGCAGAGGUCUUUGAAGCCGAAGCUACUGGAGACAACGUCGAACAGGCAGAGGAACUGCUCAGAAUCUUCUUCCCACCGCUACCGACAGACAUAGAAGACGAAGGCCCGCGACUGCAAAGUGGUCAUUAUGUCAAGUGGAUCGAUGCCUUCUGCUCGAGCCGCACGGCGACCAUCGUGCACUUUACCCGUGUCGUCGACCGUUCUAGCCGCAUACCGUUCACGAUCAAGGGAGAUGUGAUCAGACCGAAGCAGAAGGCCGAGAUCUUGGGUAUCAUUAUGGACGCGGGACUGGUGUUCAAGAAACACAUAGCUGAAGCGGCCAUCAGAGGUCUCUCGGCGGCCAUGUGCCUGAAAAUACUGAGGAUAGAAUCCCCACCUACGGCCAGACAGCUGUUUCCGGCGACUUUUGCUCUGGCGAUAAACUACGCUUCGGUCGUGUGGUCAAAUGCACGAGGCAAGAGAGAACUGAACUGGCUCAGCAGCAGCGAGGAACGCCAGCGGCAUUGUUAUCGCGACCAGCGCUUCUGA